CGUAAUUUCCAGUGGUUAAUAUCUACAUUAAUUGCGUUUAAUCUGCAGGACAAAUGCAGAUUCCCCAUUGGCUGUUUCCUUUAUACACUGCACACGUCGAACAAUUAAACGCAUGCUUUUACUGUCAGAUGAGAAUCUAACGCAUCCCCACCGUCAAUUAAAAAAUAGUACUUGACACUGACUUUUCAGUGAAAAGUCAAAACCCUCCCUCGAAAAACCCAGCAGAGUAAAACAUCGCCGGCGCCGGAGGAAGAAAAAGGAUGUCAACUUCCGGCGAAGAGGAAAACCAGAAGCCCAUUGCACAACCGGGAUACGUCAACAUCAAAGUCAAUAGCCAGGAUGGAAAGCAAGUGUUCUUCAGGAUAAAUAGAAAUACACCGCUGAAGAAACUAAUGUGCGCAUAUCGUGCUAAGGAAUCUCUGGAUAACUCCAUUGUCUUCCUUUUCAACGGUGGCCGUAUCCGUGAAACGCACACCCCCGAUAAGCUGGAAAUGAAGGAUGGUGAUGAGAUAGAUGCUAUGUCUAACCAGAUUGGAGGUGCUACUUCUACUGAUCAUGCUUAAUUAAUCAUCCCAGUUUCUCUCUCUCUCUCUCUAGAUCUCUCUCUCUCUCUGUAAUCCAUCAAAUUUGGCUAUUAUAUAUGUUGUAUCCAUCUUCAUAUGAACAUUC